CCCCCCUGUAUCCCUCUAACUUGGCCCUGCCUUUCCCUCUUGCUAGUGGACUCUGAUGACGCCACAGUCUGCACCAGUUCCCUGCUGAGCUCUGCAUCUCCAGCCAGCGCAGGGACCCCCCACAGCAAGGAGGCCAUGGGCACCCCACCGCCCUCCCCGUCUGUCAGCAGCGGCCUCUCGGGGGCUGGGUCCCUGAGCCCCGGCGUGGAGGUGAUGGGCCUGCAGGUCGACUACUGGACAAGCCAGGGGCCGGAGAAGAAGAAGGAGGGAGAGAAGCGGGAGAUGGGCUUGAAGAACACACUGAAGAGCAACUUCCGGUCGCUGCAGGUCAGCCGCGUGCCCGGCGCCGGGGAGCUGGUCCCCCCCAGCACCAUGGCCAUGACCGUGGUCACCAAGGAGAAGAACAAGAAAGUGAUGUUCCUGAGUAAGAAACCCAAGGAGAAGGACCUGGAGCCCAAAAGCCAAGUCAUCGAAGGGAUUACGCGCCUGAUCUGUACGGCUAAGCACCAGAACACCAUGCUCCGAGUGUCCAUCGACGGCGUGGAGUGGAACGACGUGAAGUUUUUCCAGCUAGCAGCGCAGUGGCCAACACACGUCAAGCAUCUCCCCGUGGGCAUCUUUGGCUACUCGAAGAGCGUGUGAGCCAGCCGGGCGGCCCGGGAGCCGGGACUCUGCUGAGUGUGGCAGGAGGCGGCCAUGGCCAUGGCCCGUCCCUUCUGCUGGGCACGGGGGGAGGUUCCAG